CAUAAUCAUUGAUCGGUAAUACAAAACAUGUAAUUUUCUAAAUUUUCAGCGUGAUAUUAUGCAACUAGGACUAGUAACAUGAAUCAAGGGAUAGUAGUAAUAAGAAAUAUGGUGAAAUAUGAUAAAUACAUGAAUCUGACUAGUUAAAAUGAAAAGUGAAACAUAAUGGGAAAAACAAAUGAGAUAUUUAAGAAAACUUAGUAAAACGUAAACGAACUAAUUGAUUAAAGGUAAGGGAAAACUUUUGUCUGAAGAAGAGGACAACAAUAUUGGAAGUGAAGAGAAAGGUAGAAAUAGAGGAUGAGGGCUGUCGACGGAACGUAAUCAACAAAGUUAUAACGCAUUGGCUUUUCUUACGGUCUUGUCUGUUAGUAUACACUUCACAAUGUGUGAUAAAGACGUGAAUGCCUUAGUUUUAGACACAGGCUCUGGUGUAUGCAAAGCCGGUUUUGCUGGAGAUGAUGCACCUCGAGCAGUGUUCCCGUCGAUGGUUGGUAGGCCAAGACACCUGGGUGUCAUGGUUCUUAUGGGCCAUAAGGACAGUUAUGUCGGAGACGAAGCCCAGAAUAUGAGAGGCAUCUUAAGCUUGAAAUACCCAAUCGAACACGGUAUUGUUACGAACUGGGAUGAUAUGGAAAAAAUUUGGCAUCAUACUUUCUACAACGAACUUCGAGUAGACCCAGAAGAGCACUCAGUUCUCUUAACUGAAGCACCUUUAAACCCUAAAGCAAAUAGAGAAAAAAUGACACAAAUAAUGUUCGAAAAAUUCAACACUCCUGCGAUAUAUGUUGCCAUUCAGGCUGUCCUGUCUCUGUAUGCUUCUGGACGUUUAACUGGUAUAGUUCUAGAUUCUGGAGAUGGUGUUUCACACACUGUACCAAUUUAUGAAGGUUAUGCUCUACCUCAUGCCAUUCAUAGAUUGGAUCUUGGUGGGCGUGACCUCACUGAUUACCUUAUGAAGAUUCUGACUGAAAGGGGAUACUCCUUCACAACUACUGCUGAGAGAGAUAUUGUGAGGGACAUUAAGGAAAAAUUGUGUUAUGUAGCGCUUGACUUCAAGCAGGAAAUGAUCACUGCUGCCAGUUCAAGUUCCCUUGAGAAAUCUUAUGAACUUCCUGACGAACAGGUUAUCACAAUUGGAAAUGAAAGGUUCCGAUGCUCUGAAGCUCUUUUUCAGCCUUCUUUCCUAGGAAUGGAAGCAUGUGGAAUCCAUGAGACUACUUACAACUCAAUAAUGAAAUGUGAUGUAGAUAUUAUUGAGGAUUUAUAUACUAACAUCGUUCUCUCUGGAGGCACCACCAUGUACCCUGGUAUUGCAGAUAGGAUUCGGAAGGAAAUCACUGCCCUUGCUCCUUCAAAAAUGAAAAUUAAAAUCAUUGCUCCACCUGAAAGGAAAUACUCGGUAUGGAUUGGUGGAUCAAUUCUUGCCUUCCUUUCUACCUUCCAGCAAAUGUGGAUUUCUAAACAGGAAUAUGACGAAUCUGGUCCUAAUAUUGUUCACAGGAAAUGUUUCUAAAAACGGAUGUCAUUGCAUAUAAUACCUACUUUUUCUUCCUUUUUAAGCUCUUUCGCUCUGCUUAUUUGUUUGUAUUAUAAUGUAUAUUAUUUUAU